UUGGGCCGGGAGGGUCUCCCGGGGCGGGGCGGAGGAGGAGGGAAUGCAAAACAGAGCCUCGUCCCCGGAACCCAAGAAGCAGCAACGCCCCUCACUAUAAAUUCGGAGCUGCCUCCUCGCCGAUGAUUCCAGCCCCUGACAGCCAGGACCCCAGGCAGCAGCGAGUGACAGGACGUCUGGACCGGCGCGCCGCCAGCAGCUCUGCCGGGCCGCGGCGGUGAUCGAUGGGGAGCGGCUGGAGCGGACCCAGCGAGUGAGAGCGCACAGCCGGGACGCCGAGGCGGCGGGCGGGAGACCCGCACCAGCGCAACCGGCCCUCGGCGGGACGUGACGCAGCGCCCGGGGAGCGGGUUUGAUAUUUGACAAAUUGAUCUAAAAUGGCUGGGUUUUUAUCUGAAUAACUCACUGAUGCCAUCCCAGAAAGUCGGCACCAGGUGUAUUUGAUAUAGUGUUUGCAACAAAUUCGACCCAGGUGAUCAAAAUGAUUCUCAACUCUUCUACUGAAGAUGGUAUUAAAAGAAUCCAAGAUGAUUGUCCCAAAGCUGGAAGGCAUAAUUACAUAUUUGUCAUGAUUCCUACUUUAUACAGUAUCAUCUUUGUGGUGGGAAUAUUUGGAAACAGCUUGGUGGUGAUAGUCAUUUACUUUUAUAUGAAGCUGAAGACUGUGGCCAGUGUUUUUCUUUUGAAUUUAGCACUGGCUGACUUAUGCUUUUUACUGACUUUGCCACUAUGGGCUGUCUACACAGCUAUGGAAUACCGCUGGCCCUUUGGCAAUUACCUAUGUAAGAUUGCUUCAGCCAGCGUCAGUUUCAACCUGUACGCUAGUGUGUUUCUACUCACGUGUCUCAGCAUUGAUCGAUACCUGGCUAUUGUUCACCCAAUGAAGUCCCGCCUUCGACGCACAAUGCUUGUAGCCAAAGUCACCUGCAUCAUCAUUUGGCUGCUGGCAGGCUUGGCCAGUUUGCCAGCUAUAAUCCAUCGAAAUGUAUUUUUCAUUGAGAACACCAAUAUUACAGUUUGUGCUUUCCAUUAUGAGUCCCAAAAUUCAACCCUCCCGAUAGGGCUGGGCCUGACCAAAAAUAUACUGGGUUUCCUGUUUCCUUUUCUGAUCAUUCUUACAAGUUAUACUCUUAUUUGGAAGGCCCUAAAGAAGGCUUAUGAAAUUCAGAAGAACAAACCAAGAAAUGAUGAUAUUUUUAAGAUAAUUAUGGCAAUUGUGCUUUUCUUUUUCUUUUCCUGGAUUCCCCACCAAAUAUUCACUUUUCUGGAUGUAUUGAUUCAACUAGGCAUCAUACGUGACUGUAGAAUUGCAGAUAUUGUGGACACGGCCAUGCCUAUCACCAUUUGUAUAGCUUAUUUUAACAAUUGCCUGAAUCCUCUUUUUUAUGGCUUUCUGGGGAAAAAAUUUAAAAAAUAUUUUCUCCAGCUUCUAAAAUAUAUUCCCCCAAAAGCCAAAUCCCACUCAAACCUUUCAACAAAAAUGAGCACGCUUUCCUACCGCCCCUCAGAUAAUGUAAGCUCAUCCACCAAGAAGCCUGCACCGUGUUUUGAGGUUGAGUGACAUGUUCGAAACCUGUCCAUAAAGUAAUUUUGUGAAAGAAGGAGCAAGAGAACAUUCCUCUGCAGCACUUCACUACCAAAUGAGCAUUAGCUACUUUUCAGAAUUGAAGGAGAAAAUGCAUUAUGUGGACUGAACCGACUUUUCUAAAGCUCUGAACAAAAGCUUUUCUUUCCCUUUGCAACAAGACAAAGCAAAGCCACGUUUUGCAUUAGACAGAUGACGGCUGCUCGAAGAACAAUGUCAGAAACUCGAUGAAUGUGUUGAUUUGAGAAAUUUUACUGACAGAAAUGCAAUCUCCCUAGCCUGCUUUUGUCCUGUUAUUUUUUAUUUCCACAUAAAGGUAUUUAGAAUAUAUUAAAUCGUUAGAGGAGCAACAGGAGAUGAGAGUUCAAGAUUGUUCUGUCCAGUUUCCAAAGGGCAGUAAAGUUUUUGUGCCUGUUUUUAGCUAUUAGCAGCUGUGCCACACUUGCACCUGGUACUGCACAUUUUGUACAAAGAUUUGCUAAGCAGUAGUCGUCAAGUCGCAGAUCUUUUUGUGAAAUUCAACCUGUGUCUUAUAGGUUUACACUGCCAAAACAAUGCCCGUAAAAUGGCUUAUUUGUAUAAUGGUGUUACUAAAGUCACAUAUAAAAGUUAAACUACUUGUAAAGGUGCUGCGCUGGUCCCAAGUAGUAGUGUCUUCCUAGUAUAUUAGUUUGAUUUAAUAUCUGAGAAGUGUAUAUAGUUUGUGGUAAAAAGAUUAUAUAUCAUAAAGUACGCCUUCCUGUUUUAAAAAAGUAUAUAUUCUACACAUAUAUGUAUAUGUAUAUCUAUAUCUCUAAACUGCUGUUAAUUGAUUAAAAUCUGGCAAAGUUAUAUUUACUUUAAAAUAAAAUAAUUUUAUUGCAACGUA